UCAUCUGUCAACUGUCAUCAAAAGAAAAAAAAAAUAAAUUUUUCUGUGUUGAGAAAUUUUUUUAUUUUUCUUUCUCCCCAAAAAAUCAUGUCCACCCGCUGGUAUCCAAUUUAUCAACGAGGAAAUCCACAACUUCGUGUAUUUCUUCCAAAUUUCUGGAUGAAAUUAAUUCGUCCCAAAGAGGAACAACCCGAAAAUGUUGUCACCUUCUCGGUGUCAAUGCAAAUGACUCGCUACGACAUUGCAAAUUAUUUGGAAAAAAUCUACCAAGUGCCGGUGAAGCAUGUUCGGACGAGAAUUACUCUAGGAUCAACAAAGCGCGAUCAAGUCUAUGGUUAUAUCACCAAAAAUGAUGAUGAAAAGAUUGCUUAUGUAACUUUGCCACGAGAUUUGAAGUUUACAUUCCCAGAGGUGACAGUGGGCAAGGAUGGCGAUAAAGAAGAGAAAGAUCAAAAAGCAAUGGAUGAAUCGAAACAAGGAUUCAAGAGCUUUUUGGAUAGAAACAAAAAACGUCCCGGAACUCCAGGAUGGUUUUCAAUCUAAUUUACUUUGGGAAGACUCUUCCACUUUGUUUUAAAAAGUGUUUUGUUUUGAUUUGUAAUCAUGUUGAUAGGUGAAAUAAACGUUUUGAAAAAAAAAA